UUACUGAAUGAGUGGAUAGUGUCGAUGAGUACAAUAAUUUCGUGAAAUAAUUAACAGAUGUGAAAAAUACUGUAAAUUUAAUGCAACAAAGUACAAAAGCUCUACCUGAACAAAAAAUUAUACUUAUUAUAACAUUCGUUUUGUACACUUUGAUUAUUAAACAUAGGGUCAAAUAUAUGAAAUUUUUAGUCAAAGAAGUAUAAGAUUAUAAAUCUUUUAAACUUCUUGCCAUUCCGUAUAUUGCCCUUAUACGAUGUUAUUUUAUUUACAGUUAACAUAUGUUUCAAAUGUAUUAUCCAUUUAUUAAUCGACUGUUAAGGGCAAUGACAUUGUUACUAGAGGCACCAGCAUAUAUUUAACAUUAUGCUUACUUCUGCAAUGAUAAUAUACUGCGGGUAUUGCAUAUCGGUUGCAUGCAUAUGUAUAAAUGAAGAAGCAGAUUGAUUCUUCGUGAUAUUCCUCUUUGGAAUGUUUUACAGUGUACAAUAUGAUUUUCAUAUUAAAUUUUAUGUUGAUCAUUUUCGUGAUCUUAAUUCAUGGAAAUGAUAUGAAGGAUGUUGAAAUCGUAAUGUUACCAUUAUGGAACACAGAAAAUGUUAUCGAGGUAGAUACGUUUCCUGCAAUUUUUUUCCACAAAAAUGAUGUCUUUUAACAUUAUAAAUAUGAUAUAUAACAAAAUUUUAAUCAUGUUUUUUUCUAGGUCCCAUUAGCUUUCAAUGUCUUUGGACAGCUCAUCGAAUUAACAUUGCAUAGAAAUACUAAGAUAGUAGCUCCUAAAUUCCAAGUUUGGAGCUAUAACGAAGAAAACAUUCUGCAGGAGUUAACACAUUUGAAUGAACCAACUCCUUGUCAUUAUCUUCAUAUGGACAGUGUCAGUUCAGCAGCUAUAAGUCUUUGUCAAGAGCGUGGUAUAUAUGGACUUAUCUUUUUGGAAAAUAGUACUUUAGAAAUUACUCCAAUGGAAGAUUUCAAUUCCUUAUCCUUUGAUAAUCAUUUUAUCAGCGAACGUUCGGAAGCUUCUUUAAAAGAGAGAGAACCUCACCUUAUAAAAAGAGCUUAUGCUCCUCCGAUAACACAAGAUUAUCGCAUAAGAGAGAACCUCCGAUAUAAAUAUGAUUUAAAUCCACCCACAGCAAAUCAAAUAUCCGACAAGAUGACAAUGAGAAGGGAAACGUAUGAAGAUUUAACGUUAGAAUUAGCUAUUUUCUUUGACGAAGCUGGAUAUAAUAUUUUUUCACCAUUUUUUGGUAAAGAUGAUGAAAAGAUCCGUGAUUUAUUAUUAGCGUAUGUAAACGGAAUUCAAGCUCUUUAUCAUCAACCUAGUUUGGGAAAACAGAUCGACAUCUCUCUCGUACGAAUGGAGAUAAUGCAUAAGCAACCAUCUGAUUUGCCAAACUUCGACGGUGAAAGAAGCAGUUUAUUAAAUUCCUUUUGCAAUUAUGCAAAAGUUCAUAAUCCUUUAGAUGACAAACAUCCAAAUCAUUGGGAUCUUGGACUCUAUGUAUCUGGAUUGGAUUUUUAUGCUAUUGAAGACGGAAGAAAAAAUACAGCAACGAUGGGCUUGGCUACAGUAGGAGGUAUAUGUAUCGAUCGGUACUCAUGCGUUAUCGCGGAAUUAGGAGUUACGAAUCGCUUUGGAAAACCCUAUCCAUCCGCAGGCUUCACUUCGGUUUAUAUUGCUGCUCACGAAAUUGGACACAAUUUAGGAAUGCAUCACGAUUCUACCGGUAACUCCUGUCCAAAGGAUGGUUAUAUAAUGUCACCCAGCAGAGGAGUACAGGGAGAGACGAUUUGGUCAGAAUGCAGUCGCGAGAUAGUCCGAAAUUUGCAUCGAAACAAGGCAUGUCUGCUGGAUAAAUCGACGUUAAAGGAAGAUCAAUCUCUUGAUCAUGCGCGAUUUCUUGACCUUCCUGGUAGAAAAUGGAAUGCAAAAAAACAAUGCGAGGUAUUCCUCCGUGACAAAGAUGCGAGCGUCGCAACGCAAGAGCAUGAUAUUUGUCAAGCUCUUCAAUGUAAAACUCUUCAUAGAAGCGGAUAUUAUUUCGCUGGUCCGGCGCUGGACGGUACAAAUUGUGCGACUGGAAGAGAAUGUCGUGCUGGUAAAUGUCUUCCGGCUUUCCAAAUCACGACAGGACCAGGGCCAGGCAAUCCUUUUAUAAGUGAAGGAGGUUGGACAGAUUGGAAGGUAGGACCUUGUAGUAGCGGCUGUUUGCAGAGGUCGACAGGAGCUCGACAAAGGCAUCGUAUUUGUAAUAAUCCGUUGCCAAUUAAUACCGAGGCUGGUUGCGAAGGAUUGCACUACGACGUACAACUUUGCAAGGACGAUAGACUUUGUAAGAAGAAACACAAAACAACGACCGAAUUCGCUACAAUUAGAUGUAUGGAAUUUAGCGAGAUCUUACCGGAAUUGGAUGGAAAAGGAAGAGGGUUGCAAGCUAUUCACGAAUCUGACAGACCAUGGAUGGCGUGUUCUAUAUUCUGUCGUCGGAAAGACAUUAUGUCUUAUUACACACCGCGUAUAGAAUUAAAUGACCUUGGCCUUGAUCCGUAUUUUCCAGACGGGACAUGGUGUCACGAAGAGGGCGGUCAGAAUUAUUUUUGCCGUCAGCAUCACUGUUUGCCAGAGGACUUUAGAUUCGCAAAAAAUAUUUUCGACGAUCGUAAAGAUGAAAAAGAAUUAGGAUUACAAAAUGCUCGUCCGAAUGAACUUAAGCUACCGGAUCGAUUAAUUAGAUAUUUUAGUUUAGGGUUAGACGGCUUACCGUUAUUGACGUCUUUACCAGUUGACCUUAACUUGCCGUCGAACGAUGACGAAUGGAUAGACAAGGAUUAUAUUGACCUUACGAAAGCCUAGAUUUUCAAUUCAAUAUACUAUUUUACACGAGAGUGCAGACUUACAGCUAAAGGAAAUAUUUUAUAAUGUUUCAAGUGCGUUUUCAAGUGCUUUCUUUUUUAUAAUAAUUAUAUUUACUUGUUCGCGCGCGCGCGCGCGUGUGUGUGUGUAUGUAUAUGUUAUAUCAUAUGAAAAAAAAAAGUACGCGAGCUUUACAAUAUAACACAUGUAUUAAUCUGUAUUCGUGAAUUAAAUACAAAAUAAUGUUUUUUCAGAU